UUCACCUUCAUCUCUCUUCCCCCCCCCCCCCCAAAAAAAAUUAGGGUUUAGCUGAGAUUUUCCCCAGAUGGGCAAAGCUUCCGUGGCCAUAUACAUCACCGUUGCCGUGCUCGUCCUCUUCCUCGUCUCACAUUCUCCGAAGAAGAAGGGCGGCCAUGGCGAACAUCACCACAACCAUCGCCGCCUGAAACUCCGGUCGUCUUUCAACCUCAAGCCUAACCGCCGCGAGCCGGUCCCGUUUGAUCCGCUUGUGGCCGACAUCGAGCGUCGCCGCGAGGACAAGGAGUGGGAGCGGAAGUACUUCGAGGAUCAUCACCCUGAGGUUGUGUCUCAUUCGCAGCAAGCAAGCGGAGGCCACAGUGACUCGGCGCCUGGUCACGAGUCGCAGCCCGAGUGGGAGGACUUCAUGGAUGCAGAGGAUUACUUGAAUGAUGAGGAUAAGUUCAAUGUCACCGACAGGCUGAUCAUGUUGUUUCCGAAGAUUGAUGUGGCUCCAACGGAUGGGUUUGUGACCGAAAGUGAAUUGACUGACUGGAACAUGCAGUCUUCUGAGAAAGAAAUCAUACACAGGACUCAAAGAGAGAUGGAUGUUCAUGAUAGAAACAAGGAUGGAUUCGUUUCGUUCUCUGAAUACGAACCACCCUCGUGGGUCCGAAAUGCAGAUAAUGAUUCUUUUGGCUAUGACAUGGGAUGGUGGAAAGAGGAACACUUCAACGCAUCCGAUGCAGAUGGUGAUGGUCUGCUGAAUAUAACAGAGUUCAAUGAGUGGGUCCAUCCGGCUGACACCAAGAACCCUAAGCUACUGAUGUGGUUGUGCAAGGAGGAAGUAAGAGAAAGGGAUUCAGAUAAAGACGGAAAGAUUAGCUUCAAAGAGUUUUUCCAUGGACUCUUUGACACAGUGAGGAACUACGAAGAGGAAAGUCACAAUUCUUCACAUCCGCAUCACGACUUGCCUGAAGGUCCGGCAAAACAACUGUUUGGUCAGCUUGACAAAGAUGGCGACGGGUACUUGUCGGAUGCUGAAUUGCUUCCUAUCAUUACUAAAAUCCAUCCUACCGAACGUUAUUACGCAAAACAACAAGCCGAUUAUAUUAUAUCUCAGGCGGAUUCAGACAAAGACGGGAGGCUGACAUUGGCAGAGAUGAUAGAGCAUCCAUAUGUCUUUUACAGUGCCAUUUUCGACGAGGAUGAAACCGAUGAUGAGUAUGGAUACCACGACGAGUUUCGCUAGUCUCUGUAUCGAGUAAGUGGCCGCUGACAUGUUGGAACCUCUGAGAAGAAAUAACAUUAGGACCGAUUCAUUUUACCCGCAAAAGUUUCCCCUUUAGCAUCGCUCGGCUCCCACUCCCAGUAUGGGGAUCACUUGCCACGGAGAUGCUGCUCCUCACAGAUUUGCCGGUGACCGGAAAAGUAUUUAUGAUUCCAUUAUCUGAAACACCUUCAAUGUUCACGUACCAGACUCGCAUUCAUUUCUUGUUUAUGAAACCACCACCUCAGUUUUUGCAGUGACAACUUCCAUGGUCAUA